CGGUGAAUCACUUCGACAAGCUGCGCCGAAAGCUUUCGUGGGCAGGGAAGAAGCUCUUCCGCGGCGCCGCCUUCUUCCUCUUUCCUUGAACACCCUAGUUACAAGGGGGCGGCAGCCGCAGCCGCAGGGGGCCGCAGCCAUGGUGAAGAACGUGCUGCAGUCGACGUCGAUCGACAUCCCGGAGGGGAUCAAGUUUGAGCUGAACGCCAAGAAGGUCCGCGUGACCGGGCCGAGGGGCACGCUCACCAGGGACUUUGGGCAUCUGAAGCUAGACUUUCAAAUUGUAGAUGGAGAGGAGGGGGGCAAGCAGCUCAAGGUUGAUGCAUGGUUCGGGGCCAGGAAGACCGUGGCUUCGAUCAGAACUGCCACCAGCCAUGUCAAGAACCUGAUCACCGGCGUUACCAAGGGUUUCAGAUACAAGAUGCGCUUUGUGUACGCCCAUUUCCCCAUCAACGCGGCCAUCUCUGACAAGAAGGACGGGAUUGAAAUCAGGAAUUUCUUGGGAGAGAAGAAGGUGCGGAAGGUGACCCUGCUGAACGGUGUGACCAUCACCCGGUCAGAGAAGGUGAAGGACGAGAUUGUCCUGGAGGGGAACGACAUCGAGCUCGUGUCACGGUCCUGCGCGCUCAUCAACCAGAAAUGCCACGUGAAGAGGAAGGAUAUCAGAAAGUUCUUGGACGGGAUCUACGUGAGCGAGAAGGGUGUCAUUGAGGUCGCCGAGUAACCAGGCAGUUGCAAGGACAUGAAACUUUUCAUAAGCCCUUUUCUUUGCAAGUUUUCAAAGCAACUUCCGAUGAUCAGAAUGCAUGGUGAAGCUAACGAGCUUUGUUUUCGGGAAUGCAUCAUGGCAGUCAAGGCGUAUAUCGAGUUUGGGUUGUGGUAUUUAUGUUCGCAUAUGGUGG